UGCUUUGGCAAUGACAUCAUUUUGAUCACCUCACAUACCGGGUGAGGUAUCGCCUCCCCCCACUCCCUGCCUCUCUUCCCUCUUUCCGCUUACACCACAGACCCGCACACCUGCGCUGGUCCCGCGCAUCACCGCGCUCCUCUCGUCACUGCGCAUUUUCGCUCUGAUAGGACCGGACCUCCCCUCCCAUCCUCCUCUCUCCCAUCUUCCCUCUUCCCGUCGGUCGUGUUUACUACGCCGUGGAGUGGACGCCAGUGUGCGCAGAGCACAGCUUCAGAGGGGAAUGGAAAGGUGGGAGGAGGCGUAGCGGGGAGGAAAACAAACGAAUCCAGGUGGAGGAGAAAGGAGCGCGGAUGGCAACCCUCAAUUGAUCCACCCAUCUAACGUGUUUUUAGGCUUCAGAUCACAAUCUGACGUGGGAUAUAUAAGCGGUACUAACAGCGAUGGAGUCCAGCAGGCGGCACUGAGGGCUCCUGCUGUUUCAAGCAGUCUGAUGACCACUGUCCCCCAUGGCGCUCAUCCAUGAACCUCGUGCUCCCUCCCCCUCCCUCUCUGGUUUUAACACACCCCUCUCGGACCCUCCAUCCUUCCGUCGCCUCGAUGCCGACACGCCGUGCACCCCGGAGAUGGACCUGACGCCGACUCAGUGUGUGCUCCGGAACGUCAUCUCCAUAGACACCGGGGAGGCUGUGGAACCUGGGGGCGGGGGAGGAGAAGGCCAAAUAGCCGGACACAACCAGACACCGAGCGAGGAACAACAGGAGCACUUCAACAACAGCGUGCUGAAGCUCCACGAGCAUGAUGGGAGCUCUGGAAGGACAGAAGAAAAGGGGCCGGAGUUGGACAGCUCUGUGGUCAGAAGCCAGGCGAAUGACGCCAGGUUACAGACCCAGUCCACGGGAGGCGGAGGAGGAUUUCUGGAGGGGUUGUUUGGUUGCUUGCGGCCUGUCUGGACCAUGAUUGGCAAAGCUUACUCCACAGAACACAAACACGACCUUGAUGAGGGGUGGGAGGUCCCAUUCGAGGAGAUAUCGGACCUGCAGUGGGUGGGCAGUGGAGCCCAAGGGGCCGUCUUUCUUGGCAAAUUGCACGGACAGGAAGUGGCCGUGAAAAAAGUGCGGAACAUAAAGGAGACGGACAUCAAGCACCUACGGAAGCUCAAACACCCCAACAUCAUCACUUUCAAAGGUAUCUGUACUCAGGCUCCCUGUUACUGCAUCAUCAUGGAGUACUGUGCUCAGGGUCAGCUGUAUGAGGUGCUGAGAGCAGGAAGGAAGAUCACCCCGUCCCUGCUCAUGGACUGGGCGAUGGGCAUCGCUGGGGGCAUGAACUACCUUCAUCUCCACAAGAUCAUCCACAGAGACCUCAAAUCACCCAACAUGUUGAUCACCUAUGAUGAUGCAGUGAAGAUCUCCGAUUUUGGCACGUCUAAGGAGCUCAGCGACAAGAGCACCAAGAUGUCUUUUGCCGGCACCGUUGCCUGGAUGGCUCCUGAGGUUAUCCGGAACGAGCCGGUGUCAGAGAAGGUGGAUAUCUGGUCAUUUGGCGUUGUGCUGUGGGAGAUGUUGACAGGCGAGGUCCCUUACAAGGACGUGGACUCCUCUGCUAUCAUAUGGGGAGUCGGCAACAACAGUCUCCAGCUUCCCGUUCCUGAUAGCUGUCCAGACAGCUUCAAACUGCUGCUGAGGCAGUGCUGGAACUGCAAACCAAGAAAUAGGCCCUCGUUCAGACAGAUCCUCCUCCAUCUGGAUAUCGCAUCAGCAGACAUACUGUCCACCCCACAGGAAAGCUACUUUCAGUCUCAGGUGGAAUGGAGAGACGAGGUGAGACACCACUUUGAGAAGAUCAAGUCUGAGGGGACGUGCCUCCACAGGCUGGAUGAGGAGCUCAUCAAACGGCGUAGAGAGGAGCUCAGACAUGCUCUAGACAUCCGAGAGCACUACGAACGCAAAUUGGAAAGAGCCAACAACCUCUACAUGGAGCUCAAUGCUAUCAUGCUACAGCUGGAGAUCAAAGAGAAAGAGCUGCUUAAGAGGGAGCAGUCUCUGGACAAAAAAUACCCCGGCUGCUUCAAGCAUCACAGUUCCAGACAGUCGGCCUCCUCCAACUCAAUGGAGAAGCUCAUGAAGAAACGCAGCAUACCCCAGAAGCUUCCUUCACACAGCAAGAGGCCAGAUCUACUAAAGCCAGAGGUCAUCCUCCCCAAACUGGACUCUUCCAUGACUCAGGUCACCAUUCCCAACAAAGGCUCCACAUCACCUGGCCGCUCACGCCGAGGAAAACCCCGCUACAGGAAAGCCGGCAGAGGCAGCAGCGGGGAUUUAGCUCAACUUAAAGCCACUCUGUCUUCGUCUUUAGCAAUGAUCAACGCUGCCUCCUCUAUGUCCAGCAGCAAACAACGUUUAGACCCCAGCGCUGCCAUUAGAGGCCUGCAGCACGACCUGCUCCUCAAGAAGAUGUCUUCCUCCAGCCCCGAUCUCAUCUCCACCACUUUGGAGGCCGAGGGCCGGAGGAAAGGUCAGGUGAGGCCAGGGCUGGACAGAGCAGGCAGCCAGAGCGCUUCGGCUGGGCUGGAAGAGAGCAGGGUCCCCGAAGAACCAGCCGACAGGCCCAGUGUCGGUGGGGGGAAUGAUGACUUGGUGGAAACGCCUCUACGCAGCGACACGCCCAGUGAAGACGCAGCAUCUAUUCCAUUCUCCAGCAGUCCGGACUCUCCCUGUGGCAGAGGAGCCACCGCUGGGAGGACGUCUGUUCUCGGGAGCACUCGCGUGUCCUACGAUGGAGAGGAGAAGGAGGAAGGGACGGUGAUCACCCGUUCCCCCAGAAGUCAGCGGCUGACUCCCGCAGCACUGCUCUACAGGGCAGCCGUUACCCGCAGCCAGAGACGUGGAGUGUCAUCGGAGGAAGAGGAGGGAGAAGCGGACAGUGAAGUGGAGGCGCCACGGAGACGGCGACCUGUGGGCAUCCCCAAAUGUCAGUCCCUGUCAACCUUUAGCUCAGAGAACUUGUCCGUGUCCGACGGAGAGGAGGGCAACACCACCGACCACUCCCACAGCGGCACGCCUGACGUGGUGAGCACCAACACGGACGAGCGUCUGGAUGACAAAAGUGACGACCUGCUGUCUCAGGGCUCAGAGAUUCCUGCCGACCCGUCUGACCCGGCCCAGCUGGCCUCUGAUGGGUUAUCCGAAAAGGAAGCUGCUCUACAACGGGUGAAGACACAGCUGGCUUCGGACGAACAGAAUCAUGAGCAGUGCCUGUAUGACGACUCGGACUGCGACAGCACAGAGCUGGACCACUCAUGUGGCGCAGAGCCCAGCCAACCUCCAACCAACUGGUGAAAUCAAGCAGCUGAACGCCACUGACAUUUGUAAAGUGACAAAAUCAGAAGUUUUAAUCCGUUACAGUGAGAAAAGGAGAUGUUUUUAAAAACUAUAGAAAGGAAGAAUGCAGUUUCCUUCAAUUCAACUUACCUGAAUCACUUGCAGAGCCAAUAGAGCAACCUGGGACUUCUCCAUAGCAACAGACCCUGCUUUUUUUACGCCUUCAGAGAAAACUUCAAAGACUAUUACCUGUUUAACGUCUCUUGUACUCUUACUUUUGCUUAAUUUUGUAUUUUUAGUGUCCAUGCUGUCAUCUUAUUUAUAUUAAGUCUAUGAAAAUGUAAUUUUUUUUGGAGGGGGGAGCUGUUUUUCAUAUUUUACUUUUUAAAUUUUUUUUAAAUAUUCUUGUUUUUUCAGUCUUAACCUCUGUUCUAAAAUAUAUGCACUAUUCUAUUCAUUUAGAACAAAUUUCAUGGAUAAUGUUUACAUACAUUUUCAAAUUGUUUGCUAUUAUUUAAACCUUUUUUGUUUUUAUAUUUCUGUGUUUUAAUUUUGUAAAAAUGUCAAACUAACAACUGUUUUUCAAUGAGAUUGUGUCAUUGAAGGUGCUGACAGUUUCCUCUAGGUGGCACUGUUCUAUAUAAACCUCUUUGAAGCUUAUGGUAGUGGAAUGUAACUUUAGCUGCUUUUUAUGUUCAAGCCUCAAAAAGAAAAAAAAACUUUUUAAAGAACAAAAGAGGAAGAUGUAAAGAAAGAAAGCAAUAUGUCUUUGCUCAUUCCACUGCUGGGUUUUGGGUUUGCAGACGGGCUUCCCUCCCGCAUUCAUCUUCUGUUGUUUUUUUAAAACCUUGAUGUCUUUAUUUUGUUAAUUUAUUAAUCUAUAUAUUACCUUAAGUUACCGGAAAGUUCUAAAUCACUUGGUGCAAAUACUUUUAAUAUUUGAAUUACUAUGAGAACAAGAAAAAAAGGCUAGUUGAAUGACUGAAGGCACAACAUCUAAUAAAUUAUAAAAAGCAACAUUUCACAGGCAUUGGUGAAUUUCUGUGAAGUUUUUUUUUAUCCUAAGCAUAACAAUUAUGGCAUUUUAUGGAUUUUUUUCCUGCAAUGAUUUGACAACUUUUGUAAAUUAAGUGAACACUUAAUAUCAUGGAACCUAUUUUCUGCUAAUUUAAAAAAAAAAAAAUACUUUGUCCUCAUCACAAGAGAUCACUUUUUAAUAUAAUUUCUUUAUGGAUUUCCAUCCUGGAGGACUGAUAAACUUUGGUGCUGAUGUCUUUGAGGCCCUAAAAUCUUUCUGAGUUGUGUCUUUAAGUUUUGUGUCCCACAAUAGUGUUGCCAAAAAGCAGAACUACUGCCCUCUAGUGUUUUCAGCACAGAGGUACACAUUUUAUUUAUUGUGCCGUUUAAAUUUAAAUGUUGACUUUUUUUUUACUGCAUCUCAACUGUACAAUAAAUAUAUUUAAGAAAUGAUUUAAAUUAAAAGACUAAUUGCAAAAAUCCCAA